UUUUCUUUCUUCUCUUUUAUCUCUCUCUUAUUUCCCUUCUCUCCUCUCUCUAUCUCUCUCUCUGAAACACUCUCUCUCUAGUUUCUCUCUCUAAAAAUUCCUUUACAACAACUGAAGUAACGAAGCUCUCUUUUUCCCUGUUUUCGUCUAAGGGAGAAAGCAGUGUUCACUGGUGAAUGGGUGAUUCUGGUGACUGUGUUAACAUAAGAAGGUAAAUACUGUUGUUACUAUUACUUUAAUCAGAAUGGGUGCUGCUUGUUGUGUUGCGGCCAGAGAUAAAACUAUUCAAAGUGGGCCAACUAGUGAAACCUGGCAUAGGAAUGUUCGUUGUUCUCCGACAUGGAGCUUGAGGUGGGAUCAUCGAGGACGUGUGGCCGGAGAGGAUACUAGUAUAAAUUGGUUUUCGGAUGGUGUCAGCAGCAAUGAUAGGUUGGAGAAUAAAAAUGGAUCACGUGUAUCAGAGGAUGGAAGCCCGUCGCAGGAUUAUCAAAGGAAUAGAUGGAUAAAGUCUCCAGUCUCUGAAGGAGCUGACAGACAUACAAAAUCGUUUUCUGAUCAAUCUAUUCCAAGGAAUGUUUCCAUGGAUGGGAGAAUGGAACAGGUGAAUGAGUUGGAAGAGCUAUCAGCAGUAUCUUGUCCAUUUCCUACAAAAACUUCACCAACAUUGUCUUCUACUUCGUUGUCAAUAUCUCCUCUGCCAUCUCAAAGCCAUCCACCUCCAUCGAGCUCAACACCAUCAAGGGGGCCCUCCCAUUCCACAGGACACCAAUUAUCACGACAAGUUUCUGAUAGCCGAAUCAUGGGAUUUAAGUCACCUAGCAAUUUUGAUGUAUCUGAAGAAACGCCAGUGUUUCCUUCAUGGAGCAAUGAAUAUGGUAUGCACUCUGGUGGUGGAUCUUCAGAAUAUUGCUCUAGGCCUGGCUUUACCGAGCGGACGGGCAAUUCUCCCAUGGAAAGUUGGUCAUUUGAUAGCGAGUCAUUUGGUUUUAAUUGUGAAAGGUUGGCUAGAUUCAGUAAUCGGUUUUCAACUUCUCCAGUUGAUCCGCAAACAUGUGGUGUUUGCUCAAAUCUUUUAACUGAAAAGUCUUCCUGGAGCUCUCAAAAGAUUGUUGUAAAUAAUGACCUCUGCGUAGUUUCUGUUCUUAUGUGUGGACAUGUCUAUCAUGCUGAAUGUUUAGAGAGUAUGACACCUGAAAUCAACAAGUACGAUCCAGCUUGCCCUGUUUGCACUUUUGGCGAGAAACAAGCUCGUAAAUUAUUUGAAAAAACUUUGAAAGCUGAAAUGGAUUCAAAAGCUCGAAAUAAGAAAUCAAGGAACCAAAUUAUGGAUAAUGAUAUUGAUGACGGUUCUGUUGUAUUUGAUCAUUUUAAAGAUAAAAAGCGUCAAAGUAAGAGUCCUAGAAUGGACUCUAGCUCUAGCAAGAGAAGCUCUUCUGGGAAACCUUUUCUGAGUAGACACUUCUCAUUUGGCUCAAAGAGUUCAAAAUCCAUGUUAGAUAAUCACCCAACCCGAAAAAAGGGCUUUUUCUGGGCAAAAUCUAGCAGGGAAUAAGCUGUUUCUUGGUUAUCGAUAUAGGUUCUAUCGCGGAUCUUCUCUGCAACCUCAGAUAAAAUGACUGAUAAAGAGCAAGAUGUCAUUCAUCAAACUUUAGUUUCCGAGCGUCUGCAUUCAGUCUUAUGCCAAUGCGAAAGUUCAAAAGGAUUAGAAACUGAAAUCACAAUGUAAAGAAGAAAAGUGGAAAACAUACAGAAGGAUAAGAAAAAUACAUGAAGACAGAGAUAGUGUUUAGAGACCAAUGUUUUCUUUAUAUAUUUUGUACAGAUUGAUUUGUUUAUUGCAUGGAUAUAAUUCAUUAUUCAUGUAACCAAAUGAUGUUCUGUAAUCAAUUAUUCUACUAAUGUAAUUCACCAUACAUGCUUAGGGUGUAUUUGGUGUUGGGCAACACCAAUUAGUUUGGUUAAGUUAGUUGCAUUCAGGUGUAAUGACAUUUUCAGAAAGACGUUGUAUCUGAUCAAUGCUUUCUUGGUUAGAAUGAUUUGUGAUUUUGGUAGCAGAUUGGAUUAUCUGAUUUAUUCAA